UUCCCCGGGCGCCAAAGCCCAGAUUCUGACUAGAGUGCUGAGAGCUUCUCUGGCUGGGUACCCAGGCUGGCUUUAACGAUUUCUACUAACCGCAGACUGUUUGGGAAGCACCGGGAGACCCUCCAGCCACGCAAUGAAAGCAGUGACAUUUGAGGAUGUGGCUGUGAUCUUCACCAUGGAGGAGUGGGCUUUGCUGGAUCCAUCCCAAAAGGAGCUCUUCAGAGAUGUGAUGUGGGAAAACUUUAGGAAUGUGACUGCUAUAGGAGGAAGCUGGGGUGACCAACAAAUUGAAGAUGAAGACAGAAUUUUCCAGAAAAACCUAAGAAAAUCAUACAUAUAUAACCACAGUUGGAAAUCCUUAAAUAGUAGCACUUCAUUUGGUAAACAUGAAAGAAGUCACACUGGGGAAAAACUCUGUGUAUGUAAACAAUGCGGGAAAUCUUUCCAAACACAGAGACAUCGUCAAAGACAUGAACGAAUUCACACUAUGGAGAAACCCUAUGUAUGCAAGCAAUGUGGGAAGGCUUUCAGAACACACAGUUACUGUCUAAUACAUGAAAGGAACCACAGUGGGGGGAAACAUUAUGUAUGUAAACAAUGUGGGAAAGGUUUCAGUACUCUCAGUAUAUGUAAAAGUCAUGAAAGGACUCAUAGUCGGGGAAGACCCUAUGUCUGUAAACAAUGUGGGAAAGCUUUCACUAGACUCAAUUACUGUAAAAUACAUGAAAGGAUUCACACUGGGGAGAAACCUUAUGUGUGUAAACACUGUGGGAAAGCUUUCAGGACACACAGUUAUUGUCAAACACAUGAAAGUAUUCACACUGGGGAGAAACCUUAUAUAUGUAAACAGUGUGGCAAAGCUUUCAGCACACGCACUUAUUGUGUAAGGCAUGAAAGGACCCACACUGGAGAGAAACCUUAUGUAUGUAAGCAAUGUGGGAAAGCCUUCACUACCCACAGUUAUUGUCAAACACAUGAAAUGACUCACAGUGGGGAAAAGCCCUAUGUAUGUAAGCAGUGUGGGAAAGCCUUCACUAGGCACAGUGAAUGUAAAAGACAUGAAAGGACUCACACUGAGGAGAAACCUCAUGUAUGUAAGCACUGUGGAAAAGGUUUCAUGACACCCAGUCAUUGUAAAACACAUGAAAUGACUCACACUGGGGAGAAACCUUAUGUAUGCAAGCAGUGUGGGAAAGCUUUUAGAACACACAGUUAUUGUCUAAUACAUGAAAGUACCCAUACUGGGGAGAAACCCUAUGUAUGUAAGCAAUGUGGGAAAGCUUUUGGUACAUAUCAUACACGUAAAACUCAUGAAAGGACUCACAGUGGGGGAAAAUCUUACGUAUGUAAGCAAUGUGGGAAAGGUUUCAGCACACACAGUUAUUGUAAAAUACAUGAAAGAAUUCACACUGGGGAGAAACCCUAUGUAUGUAAAUAUUGUGGAAAAAGCUUCAGUGCUCGCAUCUAUUGUCAAAGACAUGAAAGAACCCACACUGGGGAGAAACCUUAUGUAUGUAAGCAAUGUGGGAAAGGUUUUGUGACACCCAGUCAUUGUAAAACACAUGAAAUGACUCACACUGAAGAGAAACCUUAUGUAUGUAAGCAGUGUGGGAAAACUUUCAGAACACACAGUUAUUGUCUAAUACAUGAAAGUACCCACAAUGGGGAGAAACCUUAUUCAUGUAAGCAAUGUGGGCGAGGUUUCAGCAAACACAGUGUAUGCAAAAGUCAUGAAAGAACUCACACUGGGGAGAAACCCUAUGUAUGCAAGCAGUGUGGGAAAGCUUUUGCCAGAAACAGUCAUUGUCAAGAACAUGAAAGGACUCACACUGGAGAGAAACGCUAUGUAUGUAAAUACUGUGGGAAAGGUUUUAGCACUCGCAUCUAUUGUCAGAGACAUGAAGGCACCCACACUGGGGAGAAACCUUAUGUGUGUAAGCACUGUGGGAAAGGUUUCAUGACACCCAGUCAUUGUAAAUCACAUGAAAUGACUCAUACUGGGGAGAAACCUUAUGUAUGUAAGCAGUGUGGGAAAGUUUUCAGCAAACACAGUAUAUGUAAAAGUCAUGAAAGGACUCACAGUGGAGAAAAACCCUAUGUAUGUAAGCAGUGUGGGAAAGCUUUUGCCAGAAACAGUCAUUGUCAAGAACAUGAAAGGACUCACACUGGGGAGAAACACUAUGUAUGUAAAUAUUGUGGGAAAGGUUUCAGCACUCACAUCUAUUGUCAAAGACACGAAAGGGCCCACACUGGGGACAAACCUUAUGUUUGUAAGCACUGUGGAAAAGGUUUCAUGACACCCAGUCAUUGUAAAACACAUGAAAUGACUCACAGCAAAGAGAAACCUUAUGUAUGUAAGCAGUGUGGCAAGGCUUUCAGAACACAAAGUUAUUGUCGAACACAUGAAAGGACUCACACUGGGUAGAAACCUGAUGUAUGUAAGUAAUGUGGGAAAACUCAGCAGCACAGUAACUGUCAAAUAUAUGGAAGGACUCACAGUGGGGUGAAACCCUGUGCAUUUAAGUAAUGUGAGAAAGCUUUUGGCACACAUAGCAAUUGCCAAAACCAUGAAAGGAAUCACACAGUGUUAAACCCUGUGUAUGUUAACAAUAUGGAAAAGCAUUCAGUUACUCUAGUAAUUGUAGGCAUUUGAAAACUUAAGAAAGUUUCAAACAUAUAAAGUGACAGUGACAUGAAAGGACAGUACAGAGAAGCCCUUUCUGUGUAUGCAAUAUAAGAAAAUCAGCACACAGGUAAUAUUACAUACCUGAAGGAAAUCAUAGCAUAGAGACUCUGAACAUCCAUGAAUAAUGUGGGAAAUGUUUUAUCUUUCUUGGUAUUCCAGUUUAUGAAAGAAUUCAUAUGCGA